CUGUGUCUGGGGAGACCACAAAUUUAUUGUCCCCCGGCUCCAAGCGAUCAAUGGCCCCUCUAUUUUUCUUCUUCUAUAUCACUGUCUAGUUUCUCUCCACUCCCCACGCAACACGCUCUCACACCUUCAAAAUGAUCAUCCACUUCUUCUUCUGCUUCUUCUUGUCGCUCUCAUCUUUCCAUGUUUCUCUGGCAAGUAAUUACACACCUCUGCUUCAAACACGCGAGCGCAUAAACCCAUUCAGCCCCAAAGCCUCUCUCAUUCGCUAUUGGAACGCUCGAGUCACCAAUAAGGUUCCAAUCCCUCACUUUCUUCUGGCCAAAGCUUCACCUCUUACCCCACAACACUAUGGUAUUCUCAACAAACUUUUGAACGAAAAACCAAAACCCUACAAUCCCAAGCUUCACCAAUCCCUCUGCUCCUCACCCAACUUAUUCUGUUCCUUCGACGUCGACGCAUCAAACACGCACACACUCCAGCGCAAAAACGACGACGCCAACUUCGCCGUUUACAACAACAAACACUUCGCUAACUACGGUUCCUCUCGGGUCGACGGAGUCGACUCCUUCAAAAACUACUCCAACGGCCUAAACGCCAACAACGACGCGUUUCGGAGAUACAGCGACUCCUCGACGCGCCGUGCCGAACAGUUCAAGAACUACGCCGAUAACGGUAACGUUGCGAAUACGAAUUUCACCAGCUACGGCUCCGCCGCGUCUCAAUCCUCCAGCGAUUUCAACAACUACGAUAAAACGGUGAACGUUCCCAACCUCGGUUUCACCACCUACGACUCUGGCUCCUCCAACCACAAACUCUCGUUCGCCAGCUACGGCAACGAAACAAACUCCGGAUCGCAAUCCUUCUCCAGCUACGGGAAACGCGUCAUUGGCGGAACCAGCGAGUUCAAGAAUUACGCCAGCGACGCGAACAUUCUGCAAUCGAAAUUCAACAAUUACGGCGACUUCAGCGCGGGAGCAGCCAACGACUCCUUCAGGUCCUACAGCUUCAACGGUAACAAUCCGCGGAACGUUUUCAAAACAUACGGAGCCGGAUCGAGAGGAUCCGCCGCCGACAAUUUCAUCAGUUACCGGAACCGCGCCAAUGUCGGCGACGACUCGUUCGAAAGCUACGCCGCGAGGUCGAAGUCCGGCACCGCCUCAUUCGAGAACUACGGCAUGUCGUUCAACGUCGGAAACGACAGUUUCGCGGAGUACGGAAAGGGCGCGACGGGGAAGAGUUCGUUCGGGUUUAAAUCUUACGGCUUAGGCCGCGCGUUUAAAGUGUACAACAAAGACGGCGCGUCGUUUUCAGAGUAUCGCAAUUUCAGCGCAACAAGUGGCAGAGUUGUUAAUAAGCGGGUGGAGCCGGGUAAGUUCUUCAGAGAAUCGAUGAUGAAGGAAGGGAACGUGAUUACAAUGCCUAACAUUAAAGAUAAAAUGCCUGCAAGGUCGUUUUUGCCCCUGGCGAUUGCUUCGAAAUUACCGUUCUCGUCGGCAAGGAUAGACGAAAUGAGGGAAUUGUUCGACGCGCGGGAGGGGUCUUCGACGGAGCGCGUGAUGGUUAACGCGUUGGGUGAGUGCGAGAGGGCGCCGAGCCGGGGAGAGACGAAACGGUGUGUUGCGUCUGCAGAGGAGAUGAUAGAGUUUGCGGCAUCGGUGCUGGGUCCCAGUGCUGUGGUGAGGACCACGGAGAAUGUGAACGGUUCAGGAUCGAGUGUGAUGAUUGGUAAGGUCUACCCAAUGGACGGUGGAAAAGUAACGAAAUCAGUUUCGUGUCAUCAGAGUUUGUACCCUUACUUGCUGUAUUAUUGCCACAGUGUACCCCGAGUGAGAGUUUAUGAAGCUGAUAUCCUUAACGUGGAAACCAAGGAGAAGAUGAAUUAUGGCGUUGCCAUCUGUCACAUUGACACGUCAGCAUGGGGCCCGGAACAUGGGGCAUUCUUGGCAUUGGGGUCAGGCCCUGGGAAGAUUGAGGUGUGCCACUGGAUUUUCGAGAACGACAUGACGUGGACCACUUGAAAACAAAGAAUCUCUACUUUGGUUUUUUCUAUUACCCUACAUCAAAAUUCAAACAGAUGGAUCUUUAAUAUUGUGAAGCCACAUUGCAUUUUCUCUUUUGUCAUAUCUUGGAGUUCUAUUUAUAAUUCAGCUUGUGUCCUUUUGUAGAGGCUUAGAUUCAUUAGUAGUAGUACUCACGCUUUCAUUUCUAUUUACUGUGCCUACUUUAAACUUUGAAAUACUUUUUGUGAUUGUUAAUGUUAUUAUUGUGUGGGA